GAACAAGAAAGGAUCGUGUUAAUAAAAUUCAAAAAUUCGGUGAGUAAAAUUACAUGUACUGUACUGUACUUGGGGAAAGGGGGAUAAGCCUUACAAAAUUACGAUGGCAAGUUUUAUUGUCCAAGAGAUUGUAUAGCUAUAGGAUUAGUGUAAUAAAUUAGUGUAAUAAAUAAAUUUCGAUUGUAAUUCAAACAAGGCUAUAACGAAAAGGAUAUGUCUGAAGGUACCGAAGUUAUGUUCGGCGAAAGGAAUUAAUAUAAUACAUUGUUUGCAUUUUUCGAACAAUUUAAGUAAUUUGGUGAAUUUUGAUAUUACUUGACACCUCAAUGGUCAUUAGUCGCUAUAAUGUUUGUCUUUGACUAAAACUAGGAAUUAGAAAUUAGGAGUUACUGUAUUGUUUUGCGAAAUCGAAUGGUGGUAUUUUCUUCUACAUAGCAUUUACCGAACUGAAGAUAUGAAACCUUCAAAAUAGUAUUCCACUAUCGGCAUAUUUAAAUAUUUUUAUUAGGCCUUGUUCACACUAGCGGGUUAGAUCGAUCUCAGACCGAUCUGUGACAUACAGGUGUCAAUAUGAAUUCAAGAAUGAACUGGGAUGGAUAUAAACGAGCCACUUCUUAAGGUAGUCUGCAAUCGGUCCGAGAUCAACCCACCGUAAUAUGCACGCAACGUGAACGGAAAGGUGAACUUAAAGCGAACUGAAACUCUGGUUGUACAUGCAUGGCCCUAUCGUCAUUUUAUGCAAAAUGUCUGCCAUCCGCGGAGAUGUUUGGACGGAAAGGGAAAGGGUAAGGGUUAGGGUUAGAGCAAACGAUCGCGCUAAUAAAUGCACGGGGAAGCCAAACGAUACAACUAAAACUACAAGGCCGUAUAAACUCAAACGUAUACCAAUGCAUAACAGAAUAAUAAACUAAGCAGGCGAUUUGCGCUGACAGGAGCUGGAAGCAAUGCAGAACUAAAUGUAAUCACUUGAAAGCUGAUUGCAAAAAGUAUAACGAUUGCCUUAGCUUGCAAACAUCUCGACGAAUCUUCCUACGCCUUGACGAAACAACUUUUAUAAUAAAACCACGAUCGGCCUUGUGAAAUUUUCCCUCAAUUUAAAAAUUGACGGCGCUGAAGGUUUUAAUGUGUUUUCGGGGAAGUGUGAACGCUUCCAAAACGCGAACUGAGAUCGAUCCAAUUGGCAAACUGAGAUUGACCGAGUUUGAAUCGAUGUCAGUAUGAACAAGGCCUUAGGGCCUGUCGAUAGAGACUUUUAAAUUAAUUGAUAAUUCUCGAUAAUUUGAAGAUAAAAAGAUAGGCGCUAUCACGUGUGUUUAUUCUUUCAAUAAUUUUAUUUAAGAUAUUUCGUCAUCUUAAUAGGAUUGUAAUAUAACCGUAAAAAGAGCCUUGACCAUGUAGGACCUACUGUAGUUAUCAUCCACGCUUCUCACCAAGCACGAAAAUAAAUGUUUACCAAUUUGAACUGUUGCAACUAUAUAUCGAUCUACUUGAAAUAGAGUGUCUUUGUGCUACAAUAUAAUGGCAAGUGCAUUCCUUUUGUUUAUACAAUCCUAUACCAUAGAAUAAAGAUCCAUAUAGAAGAGCCACUUACGGUACGUCGGAAGCUUUGAUGUUUCUGUCCUCGCGCAUGUCGCAUUACGCAUGUUGGCCGCCAUUUUCCUAGCCAGUCAUUGACAUUUUCUGGCCAAUAAACACGCUGUACUGGUUGGCUGCUCCGCUUUCUGGCCAGUAAACUGCAUAUUUUUGCAUAAAAAAACGAGGACACGUUGCACCGCUGAGUGGCCCUUCUGUUACUGAUCUUUUUUCUGUGCCUAUAUACCUUAGACGUAAUGUGAAUUCAUUCAGAGUUCCUGACUCAACCAAAAGCAAUGGACCUCCAAAUAUAAUUUAGAAUUGAUAGAGCUACAGUAUGCAGAUCAGAACUAUAAAGUUAGUUUUGAUGUUCAUAUCGGCGAGAAAAGCCGUUUAGCGCUGAAUGAGUAUACAGCUAUUUCAAUUAAGGUUGUCCACGAGCAAAGCGGAAAAGUCGAAAACGAGCGCGAAAGGCCGCUGGGAAUUGCUAUGAAAAUUCAUUAUUUUUUUGCGAUUCCCAGCAGCCUUUCGCGCUCGUAUUCGACUUUUUCGCUUUGCUUGUGGACAACCUUAAUUGAAAUAGCUGCAUGUAUAUACAGUAAGUAAGUAUAUAAAUAAUUAAAGUAUUUCACCUCUGAUUAUAACAUGCAGUGGAGCCGUGGAGGGGAAAUGACAAAUACAAUAUCUAAAUAACUGAAUUUCUUCUAGUACAGAUAAAGUGCAUCUAGUUUAGGUUUAGCGGUAAUAUUGAUUUAUAUAGUAUUUCCUGCGGAUUUUAUAUUAGCUUAUCACUGAAGCUUAGGCAGCGUUUACACUGUACCGUUUUCGUAGCGUUCUUGUAUUGUUCUUAAUCUUCAAGGGAACACAAGACAAUAGUCUAGUUCUCUCGAACAAUACGAGAACGCUACGAAAACGGUACAGUGUAAACGCUGCCUAAAUGUGUAUGUUAAUCAGUUCAACUUCGGUGCUUUUUUAUUAAAUGUAAAUUCGCUGAUCACAGGAGGAAUAUACACUAUAAUGGAUUAAGAUUCUUUGCAGAUAUGUUUUCUCAGCGAGUUUAGUUCCAAUCUUAUUUUAUUUCAUUUAUUCACAAGCUUUAUCAUAAAUGAUUGGUGAUUCCUACAGAGCUUAUUGCGGUAUUCACAGGGUCACUUAAACUAAACAUCAGUUACAAUUUACAUCAAUUACAAUAUACACUUAAUGUCUGCUCCCGACGGAAAUAGUUUUUUUGUUCUCCCGAGAGUCUCAAUAUUUCCCGAGACAAAGUCGAGGGACCAGUCAUAAAGUAAAGGGGGGGGGGUCAUUAUUUUUGAGCACGGUUGAAGGGGUGGGUCAUCGAAAGUUAAUUGCAAUCAUAACAGUGGGCCAUGUAAAAAUAUGCAGAAAUUUUUUCAAGGGCAUGUGUAUUAAAAUUCAUACUAGAAAAUACAUGCAUGCAGAAACCCUCGCCUUGCUGACAAAACCAUUGUAUUUUCCGAACAUGAAGUAUCUAAAGUAGUUGUCAUGGUAACACGAUAAUUUUUUAAGUAUAUUCUUAAAAGUGAAAAAUCGCCUAAAAGUACCACUUUUAAUUACAAAAUUAUUAAUAUUCCAACAUAUAUAUGUUAGGUAUGUUAUUUUACGUAAUAUAAGCCUCAAUUUAAGGUAAAAUUCAACCACAGACGCUUCGCAAAACGUUUUCAAGUCACUAUAGUGUUAUAAAACUAAACUGCCUUUUAAAAUGGCUUUAUCGAUAAACUUUGAGUUUGCAAAUAACUUUGCUUUCUUUUUUAUUUAAAAAAUUCAAUAUCAUAAGAAAGGAAUCAAUAUUAAAGAUACACUGAAAUUAUAUGCUGUUUUGUUUAGUUGUUUCAUAUACGCAAAGGCCGUCGGGUUUUAAAUCCAUUAUAAAAUCAAUAUUUACAACAAACUUACCUUCGUUAACGUCGGCUCCCUUCUUUUAGCCGAUUCUUUUGCAGUUUCUUUCCCAGAGAGCUUUUGAAAUUUACAAAAUCUUGCAAAAAUGCGAGCAAAAUGAAAUAUAUUUGCAAGAAAUUUAUCAAUCAUCAAAUCAAGAAAUGGUUGCUAUUUCGCUGUCGUCAUGCAGUCGUUAUAAUGCAAACUUUAAAUUGGACCAAUCAGUGUCCGCUAUUCAUGACAGUCCGCCAUAUUUUUGAGAUCAGUGAGGAUGACCACCCACGCACAGUGACCCACGCCCGCGAUAUUUGAUGAACUUUAGAUUCCGCUAAUGCUUUCGUUUCCCCGGGUGUAAAUAGCCGGGGGGAAUUAGUACCGUCGGCUCGGGGAUUAUAAAAAUAGAAAUAAAAUGUAUCCGGAUCCAUGUGUAAAAUUUAUACCGCAAACGUUAACCUCUAACUUAAAAGCCGAAUUUACUGUCUUGGCUAAUCAGUGGCGGAUACUAGGGGGGGGGGGGCUAUGGGGUCCGAGCCCACCCCAAUAAUUUUGGCCGGAAUACUGUAAAAAUCUUGUACCAAAUAACACAAAUCACACUCGUAUUACGUAAUUGUCAUCAUAAUAUAAUAAUAUAUGUUUCUGUGCUGUACAUGUCACAACAUACGCAUUUUAUACAGUCUUUUUAACGGAUACUAGGGGGCCAACUUUCUGCAUGCAACAAGCACUUUUUUAAAUGUCAGGCACUUUUUUGUUGUUUCAGGAGCUUAUACCAUUGUUUAGCGGCAAAAUUUCUGCUGCAGAUCAGAAAAAUCAGCUGCACAAUAAUAUUUGAAUGAAAAUCAGCUGCACAAUAAUAUUUGAAUGCGUAUUAAACUAUUAUGCUAAAAAAACAAUGGAUCAUUCAAUUAACAUCAUCACUUAGCGAAUAAAUUUUUACAUUGUCAUUGACUUGUUAAUUAAAUUAAAGCACCUUGCAAUUCCAUUCACAAAUGUAAAUAAUCAUGUAAAUAUUUUCUCUUAAAUGUUGGUUAACGUUUUCUACAGUUUGCAUGUCAUUUAUAACAAAACGCACCAUUAAAACUGUUUUGAAAACCUAGUUUUUUACAAAAUGUGUUCUCAGAAUGCAGCAAAUGCUAUUUCCGGGAUUCGAAUUUUAAAUUUUUUCCGUGCCCCCCCCCCCUCCCCCCCAAGACUUCGUUAGUAAUGGCUAACUAAUUUUCUGAUAUUAUUGUUAAAUGUCACGAGCUUUGUGACGGUACCGUUUCGGCCUUAUGGGCCUCGUCAGUGCUGAUGAGCAGGAUGAAAGUAACUGCUAUUUACAGUUACCUUUGAUGGCUCACGAAUGUGGGACAUCAAAACCAUGCCAGAGCGCUCAAACUACAAGCAGUGAGCGUGCGCGCAAUACGUAAGCGGCAAUGGCUCAUCCUGUAGAGCGCUCAAUAUGACUUAAAGACCAUAGAGCGAUAUCUAACUACAGACGGUACUGUUUCGGCCUUAUGGGUCCCAUCAGUGUAGUGCUGAUGAGCAGGAUGAAAAUAACUGCUAUUUACAGUUACCUUUGAUGGCUCACGAAUGUGGGACAUCAAAACCAUGCCAGAGCGCUCAAACUGCAAGCAGUGAGCGUGUGCAAUGCGUAAGCGGCAAUAUAUAUAUAUAUAUAUAUAUAUAUAUAUAUAUAUAUAUAUAUAUAUAUAUAUAUAUAUAUAUAUAGUAUAAUUAAAUAAGACGAGCGCAGGACGCAUUAGCAAAGACCUGAACGAAGUUUGUCUAGAUGCAAAUUGCGCCUUGUGCAUGUCGUAAUGUUAAAAACGAAUGUUUAGAAGGGCAUGCAGGGCGUUCAGAAGGGCAUGUUCCUACAACGUUACUUUUCAACGUCUAAUUCUGGACGUUAAUUAAACGUUGCCGGAACGUUGAACCAACGUCUUGUUCUAACGUUAUAACGUUAAUUAAUCCUCACGUUACCACACCGCUCCUGCGAGUUCACAAAAUAACUGUAUCAACGUUACCUCGACGUUCGGCCAACGUACGUACAACGUUGGAUUAACGUGAUUGUAUUGCUCCAGUUUUCAUUCCUCUUCAACAAAAGGACUAUCAUAUAACACAAUCACUGAAUCAUUACUGCUUCCAUAUAUUCCUGUAAACAACUCGUAUAAGCACAGGCAUCCCAGGAUUAUUUCGUUCUUCAUCAACAAAAGGACUGUCAUAAUUUAUAACACAAUUGCUGAAUCACUACUGCUUGUAUAGAUUGGUAUAUGUAUGUACUGUAAGAAAUCUACAUAACUUUAGUAUUUUACAAAAUUGGUUAAGACUAAUUAAUUUUGAAGUUUGAAGCCUUUAAUGUAAAUACUUGAUGUAACAUAUAAUCUAUAUAAUCUCGUUUACUUUUAGUUAGUAUUAUGUUUUGUGAUGCGCAUUUGAUUAUAUAUUAUAACAUGUUAAUUUGCGCAAUAUAAAUAUUAAAUAUUAUUAUUAUUAUUCUAAACAGGUUUCAUAACCUCCUUUUAUUUUAACCCGACAUAAUUGAUGACUGUUUGAAUGGUGGGGCUGAUAGUGAUACAGGAUACUUUCCUGGCCACUAGAGCACCAGAGUUCAUAAUUAUGAAAGACACUCCAGAAAAAAAUUAUGAAUUAAUUUUAUAUAGGGCCUACAUUAUUUAUUUUAACGUUCAUAGGAGUCAACCGCGCCUAAAGCAAGAACAAAACAACGCAGUAAGGGACCGUUCAUUAUUUAUACCCUAGGGUGGGGUGGGAGAUUCUUAUGUCAUAUAUACUGAAAAAAAUAUAACCCCCCCCCCCAUUUGUAUAAAUGUUGUAAUACUGUAAAGAAUACAGUAUAAGCCAAGAGCCAGAACUAUAAUGGUUUCCCGUGCGUAUUUUUUCUUUAAAAUUAUAUUAUCCUAUCAGAACAAUAACUUCCUAUAAUAAGGUUUUGCAGUAAAAUUUACUCCAAAAAUGGAGUAAAUAAAGGAGUAAAAUUUUCUCCAAAAAAGGAGUCGUUCUGUACCUUUUUUAUUUACUCCACUUUUGGAGUCAAUUUGACUCCUCGAAAUUAACAGUGUAUAUAACAUAUUUUUAAUAAUUCCUUUGGGAACCUCGCCGUAUUGUUCAUUGUAUACAUUCGAGAUAUUUAUCAGGGUGUGCUAAUUAACUAUACAAAGUAUAACAAAUUAUUAAUUGAAAAUUAAUGCACAUUUACUCUGCAGUCUAACGCCAUAUUAUAUGUAUAUAUAUAUAUAUAUAUAUAUAUAUAUAUAUAUAUAUAUAUAUAUAUAUAUAUAUAUAUAUAUAUAUAUAUAUAUAUAUAUAUAUAUAUAUAUAUAUAUAUAUAUAUAUAUAUAUAUAUAUAUAUAUAGUUCUUGUAGUUUUGCAUUAUAAAUUUUACACAAGCCAAAGCAUUCAUAUUUGGAAAAAAGUUCCCACUUAUCAUUCCAUGAUGUUCAAUUGGCCACUAGUGGACGAAUUACUAAACUGCCUGUGGACAAACUACAAAUUGUUAAAUUGGCUACCAGUGGACAAACUAGUAUAUUUAGAAACGUGGUUCUCACAUACAAAUGUGUAAAUAACCUUGCACCCGAUUAUCUGUGCAAUAAAUUUAGAAAAGGUCAUCAAUACAUAAACGUCAGACUCGCAGACAGGACUCUCUGCAAAUACCACUCUUCAAAAGUCCAGAUGGUCAACGGUCGUUUGCCUAUUGAGUUGCGCACAUUUGGAAUAAUCUAUAAAACAACCUGAAUGAUAGCACUUUCCUUAAAAUCGUCAAGACAGCACAUUUUGGAGAACGUUUAAUAACUUACUAAACUUUGUGAAUGGUCAUAAAUAAUUGUAAUUAACUAAUUUCUCAAAAACCCUUUCAGGGAUAAAUUAAUUAAAUAUCUAAAUCUAAAAUGUUCUAUAGGUAUGUAGACAGGUGCUACAAUAUUUACAGUUAUUUUUGUACCCCUUCCCCUCCCACAAGACAUCGAAAAAAGAAAAUAGCCGCCAUAGAACAAGAUGAACUUCACAUGACCUCCGCCCCUCAAUUAUCCCAACCCACCCUAGGGUAUGAAUGAUGAACGGUCCCUUUAAACUUCAUGCCAUGUUUUAAAAAUCUUACAUUAAUUCUUGAUUCAAAUACGAUUCAUAUAUAGAAGUUGAAAUUAAGAAAAUUCUUCAAUAACGUUUUUGUAUAUUGACGAAACCUUUGCACUGAAUAAAAAAUUAUUACAACACUUCCUUUACAUAGACGCUCUUAUCCGCCCCCAAACCUCGCUAACGAACUUCUACUGAACUGAGCUGUGCAUCCCUAUAUCCCUGAAGCCAACCAUUUGGCAGUGGGAAAGUAAACUGCCUUGAUACGUUUUGCGAAAACCUUACAUGAGAAACAAAUUGCCGUUGUCAGUGUUAUUAUUUUGUUCUAUAAUUAGCCUGUAAAUUAAAGAUGGUCUUAUCUUGAAAUCUUCACUUUGACUUCGAAUGGUUUAAUGAAUCGAAUGCAACCAUUCGAUUCGAAGUGUAUUGCAUUGAAGUUGAUAUUUCUGAAUCCUUUUCAUUGUAGUAAUUUGAUCAGAAAUCACCCAUUUGACAAGACUUAACGUCCAAAAGAUGAAAGACGUAUCCAAAUUCCGACUUACUUUGGUUCAAGGAGAAGAUUAUGGUAGCAACCAAGGCGAGUACUCUCGUACAGAUGACAAAGUUCGAGGUAAGAACAUCUGGCUCUCUCAAAGCAUCAAUCGAAUGAUAUUCUACAGUGGAGAUUCGUGGGGAGUGACCAAUACCUAUUACAAGGAUGAAAUUAUGAAUGAAACCAGUACGGGAAGUUUGGCGCAUUCCAACAAUGACGACGUCCCAUACAAAGCUGAUUGGGCCCCUCUUUACAAAGUCAGCGAAGUUUUCCUUUCUGCCGAUGGUAAAUGGGUUGCAGCACACGAGGUGUUCGGGUCUCCUUCAGUACAUACUUGGUGGUCAGCUCCCAGUAAUCCCGAUGUUGCACAGCAGGGUAUUACUUGGUUCUACAACGAGAUCACUGUAACUGAGUCGGCAAUCAAUACGUACUACAUGACAAAUGGCUUCACUGGCGGCUACAUGGGCAUUCAGGAUCGCACACCUAAAUGGAUACUCUUCUCCAUAUGGGACAAGACGUCAACAGAAGACGACCCUAACGCCGAUCCUGAAGAAUUGGUUAAGCUAAUCGCCAAAGGAAAAGAUGUGAAAGUUGAACGCUUCGGUGGAGAGGGAACGGGAGGAAAAAGCUAUCUUGAAUACGACUGGCAGGUUGGUCAAACCUACCAACUGAUGGUCAACGUCCGACCAAGCCCAGAGUCGGACAAAGCUAUUUUCACUGGUUGGUUUCGUAUCCCUGAGUUGAAUAUCUGGCGAAUGUUGGCAUCAUUUCAGGUACGACCACAGGCGCAGAGCAAGAAGCUUGAGAAUGUUUACUCUUUUAUUGAAGACUGGGCUGGAAAUGGAUAUCGAAGGCAAGGGGAAUGGGGACCAGCGUGGAUUAAAUCAGAUAGUGGUUCCUUUGUACAAGCAACACGUGGGUCUGGUACAACCACAGAAAAGGAUGCCUUAAACCGAACCCUCUUCUUGUCCAGUGACCAAAAGCGAAUCGGAAUGGCAACUGGAGGCCCAGCGUUGACAGAUCCGUCAUUAGGCCCUUAUACGUGCUCAAAUGCCCCUCUUCCAUCGGUGCUAUCUUUAAAUCCUCUGCCAACAAAGGACGGGGACCCCGCACGUGUGUGAUAUCAACGCCUUUGAAACAAUACAUUUAUACUUGGACUAUCCGUUCCAUGCACUUGCACUUUGAAGGCAUUCAUAAAUAAUUGAAAAUAUGCAAUAUAACUUUGGAGAAAAAAUGUAACCCUGUGAUCAACACUUUCAAAUUUAAAUUAAGCACGACUUGCACAGUAAAAGUUAACGUAAAUAUAACUGCCAACAUAUAGAUUAGCAAAAUAAUAAAAGUAUUUGCACCUGUUUAAACAAACUCUGUUUAAACCACUGGAAAUAGUUAAAUGUUUGCUAUUGUUAUUACCAUUAUAUUCAUAUUUCCUUUUUUACACGUGUUAAUCAUAAUCACAAAUUAGUAAAUCGUCGUCGCCGUUUUUAUUGUGAUUUAAUUAAACAAUAAGCUGUAUACGUACAAACUCUCUCUGGGACAAGAGAAUAAUAAGUCGCUUGACUUCUAAAAGAUCGCGCGGUCUUAUUCCGCUGAAAUUAGUUAAUUUAAUAUAGAUAGAUAGAUAGAUAGAUAGAUAGAUGGUUUAUUGAACUUUAGAACUUACACCCUCAGAAAAUUUCACAGCUGAAUUACGCUAAGUUUAACAGAUAUAAGAUAUUAG